UAGUUCAAGAAGCAUAGGUUUUACGCUUGCAAGUAUGUCGCUCCCAAGUUUCGCCUGCUGACGUAGUCCGGCAAUAAUCCGGUGCAACCAAAUGUGACGCUGUUUCACCAGUUCGUAUAAUUUUUUCAAAUAACACGGAUUGGUUUAUUUUGCAAAGCUUCGAAAUGGUGGUCGAAUUUCCAGAUUUUUGCUGCGGCAUUAGUUUGAAAACGGGAACGAUCAUUAUUGGGGUGAUCCAGAGCAUUUUAUCGUUUAUGUUUAUGGUUCUUUGUGCCGCGUAUGCAGAAAAUCCUCACGAACUGGUAGAUAUGACGGAUAAAUCUCUACUUCCGGAUACGCUAACGUUGCGGUGCCUCCUGAUUGUUAUUGCAGUUGCAAGCGCUCUACAAUGCAUUUUUUCAAUUUGUCUAAUUUUUGGUGCAGAAACGAACCGACCGCUGCUAUUUUUGCCAUGGUUAAUUUUUAAUCCCAUUUCAAUUGUGGCAUACGUUAUCACAACAAUAAUAGGAAUGGUACAACAUUCGACCAUUAAUAAUACAUAUUUCAUCGUUGGACACUUAAUGGUUGGACUGGGAGUAUGUCUAAUUGGAGGAUACAACAUCAUUAGAGUAUACAGAUUCUACAAACAUUUGAGAACUCUAAACUUUUGACCGAAAACAUUAUAGUUAGUUACUUAAUAAAUAAAUGUGUAAGUGUAUAUUCAAUGCAAUAAAUUAUUGGUUAUCUUCA